GGAAAAACAAACAAUAAGAUCAAUUACGCGAGUUGAAUGUGUUUGCUGAUAUAGUUUCCAUUGUUGGUCGAUUCUGGGCAAACAUCACGCAUACGCCACCUGAACAGAAAGCUGACAUUCCUGAACCCUUUUUCGUGGAAGCGAAACGUGAACCAACCACCAAGAAUUCUAAGAUCGCACAAAGGCCAAGCACAUGCCAUAUUGUGGAUGCUAAAAUCGAAUUCUUCUUAUACCCCGUUAUUCUUAGAGUACAAGGGUAUGUUGGAUUCGCUCAGAUAUACUAUAUGCUAAACAAGCAGAAGGAGGCGUGUCCAACAUCAGAAACGAUCGACGAGACGAUCUUGCAAUGUCUGUCAGUCCGUAUGUGGCUUUGGGUCUGUAGAAAAACGCUAUAUAUCAUGUCAUACACCCCAGAAGAUCCCGCGAGAGUAUCCAGUCAUAAUUUAUAGAGCUAUAUGCCUCUAAGCCUUUAACUUCCGAUUUACCUAAACUAUAAACGAUACGGUUUCUUGGCUGGUUUUCUAUACAUAUCAUUUCCUACUUAGAAAAACACACAAAUGAUGGGUAUCCUAUAGUCGGAAUAUCGAAUGUAGCCAAUGACAGCAACGACAAUGAAGAGACACCAGCGGGGCAGGGCAAUCAGAGGCAGACACAGUCAGGGGCACACAGCGAAGAGCCUCACAGUCGUACUUUGACUUUUGCGUGUGCCGGUCGACGCUUCGUCGGUCGUUGGUCGUGGUCGUCGGUGGUGGAUCGUUAGUCGGAUGGUUACCGCCAGUUCUGAAUAAAUUUUUAUGGUCAUUUGCCUUUUUCGGCGCAACAGGAUGGCACGGGACGCACCUUAAAAAUGCGCCAAAGUAUUCGAUGCGCUGCGCUGCGGUUUGGCUUAGUCUUUCUAACCUUUAAUUGGAAAAAUCGCAGGCAUAACUGCCGCCUGACAUGAGACUCUAAAAUUGGCAACUCUCCGGCUCUGUGGAGUACGUGGAUAAUUAAGUUCGCCCUGGAGUCGUCGUCAUUGAAGGAACACUGCAGAAAAAAAACUCAAGACAAACCCAACAAAAAAACCGCGCUCAAAAUGUGUAAAUGUGUAACGUGUGGACGGAGUGCUGCUCUAAACAACAUAAUUGUCAAUGGAAUAAGCAAUUAAAUGAACAAAGAACCAACAAAUAAACAGCAAACAAUUUGCUGAGUGCCUGGGUACGCAGCAACAUCAAAAAAACAGCAAGAACUCCACUCACAGCAGGAGCAACAAGAACAGCCACAACAAAAGAUAAGCAUCAGCUGAUCUAAUCUGAGAGAAUCUUCAAAGAUGGCGAACAAAUGGCUUGCCGUUAGCUGGGCCAUCGUUCUCUCUCUGCUGAUAAGUGUCAUACUGCAGCGGCACACCUGUUUGGCCAGCGAUGUUUACUUUCCCAGCACAUCCGUGAAAUUCAAUCUGCCCAUCAACGAGGAGUCGGAGAGCAUCUUCUCGAAGAUACCACUGGCCCAGUUCCAAGUGCUGCGCCUGGAGGACAACCAGCUGGCCAGCGACUACAUCUACAGCCUCGAGCAGAAUCCCCUGCUCCGCAUCAAUGCCAGCUCCGGCGAGGUCUACAUGCGCACUGACUACCAGCCGCUGAAUUCGAGUGCCAAAUAUGUGGUGACGGCUUUUCCCAGGGAUCAGCCGGAGGGCCAACUGCUGCCCGUGUCCCACCUGACCAUGGAGGUGACACCACAGGCGCUGGAGGAGUACUGCUCGGAGCUGGAGCACAUUUGCUUCUGGAGGAAGGCAGACUACAGUAUCUCCGAGUCGUCGCAGAGCCAGCGCGGAAGAACCUUCGAGCCCGUCCUGAUUGGUGCCCUCAACUCAAGGGCUGCCAAGUACCUGUGCCCGCACCGCACUCUCGAGUACUCGCUGACGGCGGGCAGCUCCCACUUUGUCCUCAAGCAGAACCGUCUGUACACCAGGCACCCACUCGACCACGAUGAACUGAAUGGAUUGAUGGCCCGUGCGGGCCAGCUGCAGGCCAGGAUCAGUUGCACCGUCAAGCUGUCGGCGCUGGAGCAGCGCAAGUUCUCUCGGAGCUUUGACAUCAAACUGCUGGAUCGCAACGACAAUGGACCGCAGCUGCAGGAGCGCGACUCCCGGUUUAACUUUUACCUGGAUCAGCCCUACUUUCAGGCGAACGAGGCGGUGGGCGAGAAAAUCAUCUACGUGGACAAGGACACGCUGGCGGCCAAUCAGAAUCUGGGCUAUGCGAUACACAACGACACCAACGACCUGCUCCGGCCGGACUGUCAUGCCUACGAGGCGGAUCACACGGGCAGGCCGCACACCAUUGUCAGCUGCCAGCUCCGCUUUUCGCAUGGUGGGGUCCUGCGGCAGACGCCCUACUGCUGCGUACUGGAGGCCAGAGAUGUGACCAUCAAAAUGGAGAAUGUAGCCAUGUCGGCCUCGGCUCACAUCUGUCUGCAUGUGGAUCUCACACAACUGCACAACAGCGACCAGGAGCAUCCACAGGCACUGCCAUUGCGCGGGCGUCAGCAACGCAUCUUCGAGAGCGUCGGCGAAACGUUGCACACGGAUGGUUUCGGCCGAUCCAAUGGCCUUGUGAGCGUCGAUUUCGAGAAGGACGUGUUUGUGUAUCGAUCGGCAGCGUCCUUCUACAGGGUGACACAGCCGGAGAGUUUCCUGGAGCUGAUGCGGGCGCGUUCCGUUCGCUUUGACAUUGUCGAGGAUCGGAGCGGUGCCUUCGACAUCACCCCCAUGUCGGGUAUUGUCUAUGUGAAGCAUCCCCCAGCCCUCGAGCAGGCGUCAGAGACGAUAUAUUUCCUGAAUGUGACCUGGCUGGACCAGGAGCGCCUCUCGCAUGCGUUUGUGAUCAAUGUGCAUUUGGUGGAGGGCAGACCGGAGAAUGCCAGCUGCGAACUGAAGAUCAAGUCGCGUUCGCAGACCUGUGCCCAGAUCAAAUACCAGUCGCAGUGCACCAAGUUCUGCGGCCUGGCCACCAACGGGGGACCGUGCACGUGGCGCGGCUCGAGCUCGGCCAUGUUCGGGCGAAACUAUGGAUCCUGUGUUCCCCAGGCCCGAUACUGUCCCGAUCAUGUGUGCGAUCCGCUGGAGGAACUCAAUCCGUAUGCCUGUCCGCAAGACUGCACUCCCGCGGGCAAGAUCGUGGGGCCACACACCAGCAAUGAGAACAGGCGGGGUAUCCUCAGUGGCUCGGGUACCUGUAUCUGCGAGGAUAAUGGCAAGUGCUCCUGUGCCCCGAUGGAUGAUGAGCCCAAGGCAAAACGCCCGCGGAAACGAAAGAACGAGACAGACACAGAGUUUACGGGACCCACAGUGGCUGCCACGCCCCUUCAGAGAGAUACAGACGCCCCGCAGGAUCCUCUGCUCUUGGGGGUGCUUAAUGUGGCUGGAUUCGAAUGCAAUCGAUCCUGCAUGCUGAUCGUCAUCAGUUGCCCACUGCUGUUCGUUCUUUUGCUGCUCUGCCUGCUCCUCACCCAGCGGAAGAUGCUCCACCGUCGCCUGGGCAAGCAAUCGAUGACGCCAUCGUCCAAACAGGGUCUGCCCGAGUCGGCCGACGGCGACCUGCCACUGAUGCCGCUGCAGAGCGGGUUUAAGUUCGAGAGCGCCGACACCAAGUGGGAGUUUCCGCGUGGCCAACUCGAACUGGACACCGUCCUGGGCGAGGGUGAGUUCGGGCAGGUUCUCAAGGGAUAUGCCACAGAGAUUGCCGGCCUACCAGGCGUUACCACGGUGGCCGUCAAGAUGCUCAAGAAGGGCGCCAAUUCGGUCGAGUACAUGGCCCUGCUUUCGGAGUUUCAACUGCUGCAGGAGGUCUCCCAUCCGAAUGUCAUCAAGCUAUUGGGCGCCUGCACUCAAUCCUCAGAGGCACCGCUACUCAUCAUCGAGUACGCCCGCUAUGGCUCGCUGCGGAGCUAUCUCCGACUCAGCCGCAAGAUCGAAUGCGCUGGAGUCGAUUUCAGCGACGGCGUGGAACCCGUCAAUGUCAAGAUGGUGCUCACCUUUGCCUGGCAGAUCUGCAAAGGCAUGGCAUACCUCACUGAGCUAAAGCUGGUUCACCGGGAUUUGGCGGCCCGAAAUGUGCUGCUGGCUGAUGGCAAGAUCUGCAAGAUCUCGGAUUUCGGUCUGACUCGAGACGUCUACGAGGAUGAUGCCUAUUUGAAGCGAUCUCGAGAUCGAGUGCCCGUCAAGUGGAUGGCUCCAGAAUCUCUGGCAGAUCAUGUGUACACCACCAAAUCGGAUGUUUGGGCCUUUGGAGUACUCUGCUGGGAGCUGAUCACGCUGGGCGCCUCUCCCUAUCCGGGCAUAGCUCCGCAGAAUCUCUGGUCGCUGCUGAAGACAGGAUAUCGCAUGGAACGGCCUGAUAACUGCUCCGAGGCUGUGUACUCCAUUUUGCGCACCUGCUGGGCGGAUGAGGCCAAUGCCCGACCGUCCUUUAAAUUUCUAGCAGCCGAAUUUGAGAAAUUGCUGGGCAACAAUGCCAAAUAUAUAGAGAUGGAAACGAAUGCCGUAUCCAAUCCGAUGUACUGCGGCGACGAGGCAGCCUUGAUGCCAGAGGAAGGCCUGGGUGAACCCGACUCCUUGCAGCAUUUAUGGUCGCCGCCAAAGAUAUCCUACGAUGUCCAGGAUCUGGCCAAUAGUCGCGACCAGUCCGUGGUCGAGAUGCAGGCGGCAGCUGCUGCUCCACCCGGCUAUGAUCUACCACGUCCCCUGAUCGAUACCAGCACCACGGAGCAGGUGCUGCGGUAUGAGAACGAUCUACGCUUUCCGCUCAACAUACGUAAGUCCAGCUGUGCACCAAGCUACAGCAACAUGACCAGCGGUGGUUCCCCAGCCACCGCGCUCCCCCACUAUGCGGUUCCCGUAAAGCGGGGACGAUCGUAUCUGGACAUGACCAACCAUAGCCUGAUACCAGACAAUCUGGAUAACCGAGACUUCGAGAAGCAUCUCUCCAAGACGAUUUCGUUCCGUUUCUCCAGCUUGCUAAAUCUCAAAGAGUGCGUGGAGACGACACACGAAGGACAGCAGGCUGAGGAUGCCGUCUAAAGGAAGUUCUUCCGGUCUACCUCUCGUAUCUCCGUAUCUGUGUAUACUUUUACAUUCCCAUGAGUUCUGAAUAUUUUUCUUGUCUUAUCAGCGCCUGUCUUUCAGUUCAAAUUGUUUGUUAAAUAGUUUUAGUUUUACUUUUAGUCUCGUAGCUUUAUUCUGAUGCCAAAAAAUUUAACAGGAAUCGAAUUCGUUUUCGAAUACUCCCCAAUGCAUUUAAAGGAGCAGCCUAAGAUCACCUAAUUAUAUAUAAUAUUUCCACCUGUAUGGCAAAUUCUAAUCAAAUUGAGGGUAAUCAAAACCCUCUAUCCUGUCUUGAACAAAAAAAUAUAUCAUUUAAUCUCUGCCUAAACAAUGCCAAUGAAAUCUACAUACGCUUCUUGUUGCAAACCAAAAAAGCGUUUGAUUAGUUUUAAGAUACUAUUUUAGUCCAUUUUGUACAAACUUAAUAAUAGUAUAUUGUCCAUUGUAUAUCUGCUAAGGAGCUUAAGAUUAUACCUCUUCUGGGAGGGAUAAAAAAGUGUCUUCAAACGGAAAUUGUAUUCCAAACAUAAGAGAAAGAAUUUUCUUAAU